AUAUAAAAUUAAUUUAUACCCUAUUAAUGAAAUCUUCAAUUAAAAUAAAUCUCUAAUUGAGUUCUUUAUUCUCAAUUACCCUAUUCAAUUUGGUCCAAGAACUAUGAAGCUUGACUGCUACUGGGCUCUCACUUUUCUAGUAUGCUAGUUUCUAUUCAAUUUUAAUUAUUAAUUAUUAAUUAAUUUUUUAUAUUUUUAUAUUUGGAAAGAGGACACACUUAGAUAACAACCUCACUCGGCCACUAUUUCUCAUCCCCAUUGUCCAAAUUUGGGUGCAUAUAAGAAAAUGACACACCCCAUUGGCAUUUGGCAAUAUAUAUUGUUAGCUUAAAUCAUGUUUAGGACUUAGUAAUUGAGUAAAGACGACUAAUAUGACAAACUAAAUGUAAAAGAGUCCAUACUUUAUUGCAUAAUAUAUUAUUUUAAGUUAAUUAUCCUUAUCAUGACUUGAUUCAAGAAACAAAAUUGUUAGGGAAAACAAACUCAUGUUGUCAAGCUAGGGGUCAAUAAAACACAGCCCUUAAAACUUAUGACAUUUUUUUAUAUCAUAUCCGAAUUGACAUGUAAAUUAUUCAAGAAUUAGAGAUUUAUUAAAGUUAGGUAGAGAAUGAUGCAUGUUUCAAAGGUAUAUUUGGCUUCCAAAAUAAUCAUUACCAGUCUUCUUACCCACGCUGGGACUGCCAAGCAAAGUGAGGAAUUUGCAGCAAGAACAAACAAAAGAAGGAAUCAGAACAGCUACCAAAGUAAGGAAGGAGAGGGAAACCAAAAUGUAAUAGUACAAAUAUGAAUAUUAAGACUUUCUCAAUCUGUAUGAUUUUGGAUCAUAGGAAUGGUUCAAUCUGUAAGAUGUGGCUUAAGAGGGAUGAAUUCACUCCGUGUCUGUCAUAUGCAUAUAAUUAAUUAUGGGUUGUUAAGGGUGGGUUAAUGACGUGAAGUAGUGGGUAAUUAGUGGGUUAGUGGUUUCCUAGAAUUGGGGAUUUAGUUUAUGCAUUGUUGUUUACGUUUCAGUAGUUUGUAGAGUUCUUAGUUCUCUAUUUAAAGCAGCAGAUUGAAAGAAGAGCAGGCAAUCAAGUAUAAUCAAGAAAAGAGUUUUAUACACCUACGUGUUAAUUUGGGAGAUUGGCUUUCCUCGAAAAAGUUUAGGGGUUCCGUUCUCGUCAUUAAAAAGUACACUUCUCUUCUACCAUUCUAUCAAUCUUUCCUCCAUUCUUAUUCUUCAUAUCCCGAUCUUUCACCCUAAAUUCUAUUCUCCGAAAAGGGUACGUAACAGUGUCAUCAGUUUUACUAGGGAGUGACCAAAACUAUGCAAAGGGAGAGCUGACUGACCUGCUUCCUCUGCUUCAAAAUCGUCAUAUCCGCGACCAAGCGAAACCGAUCAUAACAGCAAAAGAAAAUGUUCGUGAGAGGUUUCUCAGGAGAACAACCACCUGAAACGAAAUUGACAGGGAAGAGGAAUAGUUUAUCACAACCGUAUUAAGUAUCAGUAGGAGAAAAGAGAUGGAACAACAAAGCAACUGAGGGAAGAGAGAACAAAAACAAAGGAGUACAGGAAUAGUGAGAAAAACCUGCAAAUGGGUUAAGGUGAAAUAAUGAGUGGACCACAAAUGAAAGAGUCCCGUGGUGUUUCAUCCACCAUCAAAAACGAAAAUAUACCUUCUCCUCGCUCUUUUCUUGUGCCAACCCAAUCUCCUCAACCCUCUCUGCUCCCCUUAUCAAACCCCACUCCCCAGUUUAGGAAUUAGGGUUCUAGACUCGGGGACAUCAAAAAUCACAACCACCAUUGUGGCCACAAAUGGCGCCCUCUACCAGCCGCGAAUUCCCUUCCCUAUCUUUCGUCCCUCUCCUCAUCCUGAUAAUCACCUCCACCGCAGCAGAACCCAGAUCCGCAACCGCCGCCGAAGACCCAACCCCGACGCCAUGGCCGCUCCAAUUCCACUCCGUACUCUUCAUGAACAAAAGUGGCAUUCUCCAGAUGAUCGACCUCUGGUACGACUGGCCCAAUGGCCGCAACUUCAACAUCAUCAGGGACCAGCUGGGCAAGCUCACCUACGACGCCGAGUGGAACAACGGCACCUCAUUCAUGUACACCCUAGAUUCCGAUCGCGAAUGCAAAACCCUCUACCCGGGCGUCGGCAUCCUCCGACCCAAUUGGCUCGACGGCGCCAAUUACCUGGGCCAGCGCUACAUCGACGGCUUCCUCUGCAAUGUUUGGGAGAAGGUCGAUUUCAUUUGGUACUAUGAAGACGUCGAGACCAAGCGCCCCGUCCACUGGGUUUUCUACACGGGGAGGCAUGCUCAUGUGAUGACAUUUGAGGUGGGAGCCGUGCUGGAAGAUGCUGGAUGGCAGGCCCCUGCUUACUGCUUCGGCGGCGAACAACAACGGGGAAAGGAGAGAAACCCUGCAGCAGGAAGAAUUGAAUCUGUGGUCGGUGUUAGGAGGUUCCUUUUCGGCUGACCGCAUCAGAAUUGUAAAAUGUGCUUGUUUCUAUGCUUUUGCUAUUCUCUUCUGCCUUGUGAUCGUUUGAUUCUAGUUGAGCUCUCUCCAUUUCUAGGAUGAAUAAGAGUUUUGUGGCACCGCUUCCGGUAGAUUCCCACUUCUUGGUUGUUAAUGAUUCGAGUCAAGCUGAGUUUUGUCAUAAUUUGGACACGGUUCAUUUAAAUAAUUCUAAGUUCGUGCUUGGGUCGUUAAUAAAAAUAGAAGAUCGAGUUUGGCCUGGGAUUGUCAAAUGAAAUUAACAAGCAAAAAUGAAGUUCAGAUGAUAAAAUGUCGAUUGUAGUUCAAGUUCAAGCUAGAAUCGACUAAGAAGACACCAAUAUCAAAUACUUAAAGGCUUUUGAGCUUGUUCACUAGCCUAUCUAGCAAAAUCUGUCAAGGCUCGUGCUCUGCUUGUUCAUGAACCAACUCAGAUAAAAACAAGCAGAGUGUCGGACGAGUGUUUCUGAAAUCGGAUGCCAAGUCGUUCAUGAGCAACUUGGUUCAUUAACAGCCAUAUUAAUACGAGUGCCAUGAAAAUGUUUUAAUGGGUGGCUUCAUAGGGGUAAAAGAAUAAUAGUGGGAGUUGACUUCUAACCUUGAGCUUCGCUUGGCCUUUAUUCUAUAUCGUAUCUCUCCAACAUCUCCUUGCUUGCAUAAUUUUUUUCAACGUAUUUUUCUAAUUUGAGGAAUUUUUUUUUUUUUUGACAAAAGAUAAUCUUAUAUUGAUUCAAAUAAUAGGCAGUUACACCCUAGAAGACAGCCAGGUCUGAAAAUCAAAGGAACGACUCAUGGCCGGGUACAAAGAAAGGGCUUUCCUAGCCACCAAAUGGGCAACCCUAUUACUACGCCGACCUACAAACUGAAUGCUAAACCUAGGCUGGGCAUGGAGACAAUUAGCAAUUUCUUCAAGAACGGCACCCAUCCUGUUAUCUCCAUGAUCCCCCCCCCCCCCCCCCGAUUGAGCUUAUCAAUAAUGACUUUGACGUCGCCUUCAAAACGAACAUCAGUAAGCCCUAAUCCUUGACACCAAAGCACAGCCUCCCGAAGCACCAACAAUUCCACAACCAUCGGAUCAUCAAUAAACGCAAAUUGCACUCCCGUGGCCAUACUGAUCACUAGGGGUGGCUAUACGGUCCGGUCCGGUUAAAUUGGCCCAAAUUGAUCCGGUCCAGUCCGGUCUUUUUGAAAAUAUAAGGACCGAAGAUUGGAUUGGAUACAGUCCGGUCUUGAUCCGGUCCGGUCCCAAUUCGGUCUUGAUUUUACAUUGAGAUUGUGGGAUUUGAGUGGCCUAAGACCUUAAAGGGUGAGGAGUUGGUUAAGUUUUGUACUAAGUGCAAAGGUUUGUGACCGUUUAUGCAAAUUACCCUUAAGUUUUGGGUGUUGAGCUCUCUUAUCCGGUUUUUUACCUCAAAUCUAAGCCCAAAAAUUGGAUUGUUUACUAUCCGGUCCCGGUCCGGUCUCGGUCCGGGUUAUACGGUCCGGUUUCCGGUUUUUAAUCCGGUCCCGGUCCAAAUAGCCACCCCUACUGAUCACCCCCGUAGGAAACAGAAGAACCAUUCCACCAGCCGAGUGAGACCCCCUCCUAGUGGCCCCAUCCCACCUACAGACCAAACGAGGAUCACCUUCCGCCUCCAGCUGACCAGAGCUAGGAAGAGGAGCCUGCGAGAUGGAGCGGGCGGGCAACCGAACCCAUUCCUCAUACUACUGGGUAAACUGACGCAUCACCACCUAGAUCCCAAAAUGUUUUCCUUCGAAUACCACACAGUUAUGAGAACGCCAGAUCCGCCAGAGGAUGACAACCACCGCAAUGAACAAAGUUGGUUGACUGAUUAAGGCCAAGAGCCUUUUGAGAAACAACGGAAACGUCUGACGAGGUAACCCCUCCCCUAGAUAGUCCAAUCCCGAGUAGUCCCAGAGGGCCCGAGCCACUGGACAGUAAAGGAACAAAUGCUCUAACGAUUAUGAACUAUCCCAGCACACCGGGCAACGGGGGUGAAUCGGGACCCUACGCUCAAUGAGAGCCUCAGUAGUUGGGAGGGCCCGAAAGAGAAUCUGCCAGACGAACACCUUCAGCUUAGGAGGGAUGUUUGCCUCCUACAGGCGAAUCCAACUAGCCACAGUAAUUUGAGGAUAUUGAAUAGAUAUUUUCUAUGUGUUUUCCAUCAACAAAAAAAAGAAUGAGAGGAAUCACAAUGAAAAAAAGAUCCAUCAUGUACAAUAAAUAAUUGGGUUAAUACCCUAGUUUGGCCCGAAGGUUAGCGUAAGUGUCGGUUCUGGCCCCAUUUUUCAAAUAAGACAUUUAUGGCCUACUUUUGAAAUUAUUAGACAGAUUUGGCCUGCAACUUGUGUUGACUGUUAGUAUUAACGUUCAAACAUUUAUUAAGUCAAUGACUCAGUAUCUAGUGCUGAGAUGACAUCCACAUCAUUUAUUAAUUAAGAAUAAAAAAUAAAUAAACACAUUUAAAUAAAUAAAAUACUAAAAUCCCUCGCUCUUCUCUUCCAAAUCAUUUUCCAAUCUUCCGUCGAAAAAAAAAAUCAUUUUCCAAUCCGCCUCCUACCUGCCCAGUUCCGCUCUCGCGACAUUCUUCCUCAGAAAAUAGAAAAUCCCACUGUCUUCCAAUCAUCUUCCAAUCCGACUCCCAACUGCCCAGAUCCAGCGACCCUUCCUCGUCCCUUCCGACUCCGCCGCUGCAGCGCCCGUCAUUGAGCAGGUGGUGGGCUGUAAGUCAAUUGUCGUUGCAGCGACCCCAACUGCAGCAAUAAAAAAAACUCGAUGAAGCGAUCCCCCUACUAAAUUUGGGCAGUAGACGGCGACGAGAAGCAAAGGCAAUUGAUGCGGCUGAGGCAGCGGCAGAGGUGAAUCGGCUGAUGCCUCGAGGACGGCGAGCUGACGACGACGGAGAGGACCACGGGAGCCGCCUCUCUCUUUCUCGUUCCCUUCUCCGUUCGGAUUUCCUCACUCUCCCUUUGUUUUCCCCUUCUUCUUCUCCUCAACUGUCUCGGAUUUCAUCACUAUCGCCGUUGCCUCCUUCUUGGUAGGGAUUGCUGGGGAUUGGAAUGGAAAUGGUUGGAGAAGGGUUAAUGGUGGGGGAACUGGGAAGAGAGGUCGGAAAAGAGUGGUGGGGGAGGAGGUUGGGGAAAUAAAUGUUACUUUUUUUA